AUGGCUCCGCCAAAGCUCCCGGCGAUAGCCGGGCGUCAGGGCGGUCUUGACAGAUCAGCCUCUCAGCCCCGGAUCGAGGCGAAGCAUCGCCUCCAGGUGCCCGAUUUUCGGCGCGGCGACAUCUCGGACAGCUUGCAGGAGAUCGGCCAGCUGUCAAGGACAAUCAUCGGUCCUGGCGGCGUCAGCAAAAGUGUGCGAGCACUUACCAAGUCGGCCUCCACGCCGGAACUGCGGACAGGUCCGCUGAAGGCUUCAGAUGCAGCGCGGCGGGUUAUGCUUUUCGGAGCUCCUUUGCAGCUCGAAGGGUCCGCGACGGCCAGCGUUUCCGAUUCCGCCCAGAUGAGCUUUUCCGAGCUUGGUGGAGGUGCCUACCCGCCGAGCACAACAUGUGCUCGCCCGCCACAAGAGCUGCCACCAGAGGUGCCAGCUAUGCAGGAAGACACCUUAGACUACAUGAAGCCUGCGGAGGAAGCGCAUUACAACUUCCGAAACCUCCCGUUGGAAAUCUUCGACCACGCAGAGGACUUCGAAGUCAAGACUCCGCAGGAGUGGAUGGCGGAGGUCCAAAAGGACGACCGCAGACCACAGGCAUGCGUUGUGCACUACAAGGCCAAGAAAUGGAUCAUGGCUCCCUGCUGGGUCCUCCGCUAUGAAGAGGCCAUCAACAGAUAUAUAGUGGAAAUGGAGGAUGCUUCUCAAAAGAAGGUGAAGCGCCUCUCUCUCCGUUUCAAUGCCGAAGAUCCGGCCAACUUUGAGCGGCGAGUAGAGACAUGCAGAGGGCGCAAGGCCUGGUGCGAACUCCAAGAGGCUUUUAUAGACUACAUCGAGCACAAGGAUGACAAGCUCGUCACCCCGUUUUCACGCUCGAUGAAGGAAUUCUUCAUCAGAUCUUGUCUGGAGAAGUGCAGCCUUGACGAGCCGAACAGCCAUGCUAGCACCAUCCGUGAGCUCAUGGCAGAAGUCGAGGCGAAUUACAUGCUCUCGAUGAAGCUGUUCAACGUCAAGGUAGAGCUGAUACCGCUCAUGAGCACCAAGGAAGCUUACCUUCCUGACGAGUCGAACACCUUCUCUUUGAAGUUUGCGCCCGUGAUGCAGAGCUUCCUGCCAUCGCCGUGUCCAGAAUCUGGUCUUGUGGAGCAUGCGAGACCAGAGAUGCGCGUGCAGCAGCUCGUGGCAGAGAUGCGGCAGAUGCCUCUCCUGGGCAGCAGCAUCUUCGCCAUCACCUGCCAGGUGUGGCGCCGAUACAUCAAUGAGGUUGCUAGAAUGGAGCUGGUAGACACUACACGCGUAGGGGGCGUGGAUGUGACCCGACAAAGAAAGCUCAUCAAGAAAGCCGAUUCGAUCAUCUUCGAGCCGCAGGACAUGUUCGAGCACCAGAAGAGCCACAUCGAAAGAAUAACGAACCACCUAAAACGAGGGUGGCGCGACUACAUCAUUGCAGAGGUCUUGGAUAAGUUAUCCGACGAUUACAACUUCUUCAGCGAUGAUACAGAGAAGCACAUGCAGAGUCCUUUGCAUGCAUUGCUCCGAAAACUAGAUGCUUGGCUGAGCCAAUGA